AUGGCCGACCCCGAGGUCCGCUGCUUCAUCACCAAGCUCCUGUGCGCCCACCGCGGCCGCAUGGCCCUGGACGCGCUGCUCGGCGAGAUCGCGCUGUCCGAGGCGCAGCUCUGCGAAGUGCUGAUGGCGGCCGGUCCCGAUCGCUUCGUGCUCCUGGACACCCAGGCCGGCCGCUCGGUGGUGGCCACCACUCAGGCCCGGGUCUGCCGUCGCAAGUACUGCCAGAGACCCUGUGAGAACCUUCACCUCUGCAAACUCAACCUGAUGGGCCGGUGCACCUACUCCGAGCGGAACUUGUGCAAAUAUUCUCAUAACGUCCUCUCCGAAGAGAACUUCAGAGUCCUGAAAAAGCAUGAACUCUCUGGCCUUAACCAGGAGGAACUGGCUGUGCUCCUUGUCCAGAGUGACCCUUUCUUCUUGCCUGAGAUCUGCAAGAGCUACAAGGGCGAGGGUCGCAGGCAGAUCUGCAGCCAGCAGCCGCCCUGCGAGCGUCUGCACAUCUGUGAGCACUUCACCCGCGGGAACUGCAGCUAUGUCAACUGCCUACGCUCCCACAACCUGCUGGACCGGAAGGUGCUGGCCGCCAUGCGCGAGCACGGGCUGGAACCGGACGUGGUCCAGAACAUUCAGGACAUCUGCAACAGCAAACACAACCAGGGCCGCAAGAACCCACCAGGCCGCAGAGGCCAUCCCACCAAUCGCAGGGAGGCGGCGUAUCGAGGUAGAAGCAGGAGUGGAGACAGACUUUUCCAGAACCACCAGGAGUACCGCCCUGUCACUCCGGAGCCUCUCCUGAGGUCUGGCACCCCCAACCCCAGUGCGAGCCUCGGUGCGGACGACGUGGCUGUGGAGGCUCUCACCUACAAGUUCAAGCAUUUGGGGAGCCAGGAUGGGUCUGUGCCCUUCCCGUUCUCCCCCAAGGCCACCACUGCCGCAGGCACUGGGCAAAUGGGGGCAAACCUCAAGUUCCCAGAGAGUAGCAGCCAAGAGGGCCUCUUCAGUGAGAACCAAGGUGGCUCUUGUGGUGGGUCAGCUUUGGCGGCCUCCUCCUGGAUGAAUGGCCAAGACAGUAAGAGAGACAGCUUGUUUUCUUCGAGUUCAGCUGCCACCUUCCCUCCGAAAAGCCCGGAUGUGCUUUCCUCGAAUGGCAUCAACACCGGCCUUGAAAACAAAAAGCACUUCUCCCUUUUUGACAGUACCAUUGACGGAAUGGCCACUGAUCUGUCUUCCAUGGGAGCUGUGAGUUACAAGACCACAGCCAGUAGACAGAGAGAAGGAUUGAUAUCCGGGAACCAGGCCACUGGUGCCGGGAGUGGCCGUCCAGUCGUCACUAGUGAAGGUUCCGAAGAUGAUAUCUUUAUGAAUAAUUUAAUGUAUCCGAAGACAUACUGGUCUACCAGCUAUGGCCACAGCACGGUGAACGAUUCUAAGAAAACACCAUGUGAAACGUCAGGUGCAGAUGCCACUGGUGCCUUCAGCUUUGGCUUAAGAGAGGAAGAAGGUGUGUUCCCCACUGGGGGUCAGAGUCCGCGAACCCAGGACCCUUGUGCUGUGCCAGCCGUGCCGCCUUCCUCAAGCUGCAGAGCGUCAGCCUACGGGACUGGUGGCCUUCCUGCCGCCGGGAAGGUCCACGACUCCACGCUGUAUUCCAUUUCUGAUGCUAUCAGUACCCGGUGUUCCAAGCCCAACGACGAGGACGCAGAAGAAAUUUGUCCUGAGUAUCUGGAAAACCGUUGCCAGUUAAAUAGACUGUGCAGCCGGAUGCAUUUCCACCUGCCGUACCGAUGGCAGGUCCUCAUCGCAGACACCUGGUCGGACCUGGAGCCCAUGGAAGAGAUCGAGCAGGCCUACUGUGACCCAAACCAAUGCAUUGUUUUUAUAAGGAACUACGUCAUCAGUUUCCAUCAGAUGGUUUGUGAUGGCAGCCCUCUGCGACGGCUCUCCACCCCUUCAUGCACUACUGAGGUUUCCUCUGGCUUUCUCACAAAAUGGAUUUGGUAUUGGAGAGAUGAAUUUGGCAAUUGGAUUCCGUAUGGAGAAGAAAAGGAUCCUCAGCCUGUCUCGAACGUCAACUCCACGUACAUUGAGUCCAUGUUUCGCUCCUUACCGCACGGGAUUGUGCAGUUCAAGGUGGGCUCGGAGGACUGUGAGCUGAGCUUCCAAGCGAUGAUUCAGACAAACACAGUUUCCAGCACUCAGAGGGACGUGGUCAGACGGCCCAAGUUCAUGCCUGUCCGUGAUAUACGUGGCUCAGAACGCCAGCUGGCGUCCAGCUCUCCCACCUCAAAUGUCGUGCCUCAGUGGGACCACUGCCAGCCCCUGCGUGGGUACAAGUUGUCAAUACUCAGUGACCAGCUUCCAGAAUAUGCUAAGAUAAGUGAUAGUUUUAAAGCGUCCAUGAAAAAUUACAAGAUUAUAAUGAUCAAGAAGAUCGAGAAUGCGGAGCUCUUGGCUGCUUUUGAAAGGAAAAAAUUGAGUAUGGAGAAUCCCAAUGAAAAACUUCUGUUUCAAGCGACACACCACCGCAACGUGGCACAGAUAUGUGAGAAUAACUUUGACUGGACCCUCCAAGGAACUCAUGAAACCAAAUAUGGAAAAGGAAAUUACUUCACUAAGGAUGCUAUCACUUCCCACAAAAGUUGCUUGUGUGAUGACAAAAGCGUGGUCAUGUUUGUUUCCCGAGUGCUGGUGGGCAAUUACACCGAAGGAAACGUGAUGUUCGAGAGACCCCCUUCUAGAUACUUGGGCGUGAACCUUCUGUACGACAGCUGUGUGGAUUCCAGUUUGAAUCCUUCCGUUUUCGUCAUCUUUAAGAAAGAUCAGAUCUACCCUAAGUAUGUGAUUGAGUAUACCGAGAUGGGCAAGGCCUGUGUCAUUAGUUAG